CCGGCCGCGCCAACGCCCUGGGCCGCGACCUCAACCGCAGCUUCCCCGACCAGUUCGCCCCCGGCCCGCCCGACCUGCGCCCCGUGCCCGAGGUGCGCGCCCUCAUGGCCUGGAUGCGCAGCAACAAGUUUGUGCUUUCCGGGAAUCUGCACGGAGGCUCUGUGGUGGCGAGCUACCCCUAUGAUGACUCUCCCACUCAUCAGUCCUCUGGCGUCUACAGCAAAUCGGCCGAUGAUGAAGUAUUCAGGUACCUGGCGAAAGCCUAUGCUUCACACCACCCCAUCAUGAAAACUGGCACCCCAAACUGCCCGGGGGAGGAAGAUGAGACUUUCAAAGAUGGCAUCACCAACGGCGCCCAUUGGUACGACGUGGAAGGUGGGAUGCAGGAUUACAACUACGUGUGGGCCGACUGCUUCGAGAUCACCCUGGAGUUGUCUUGUUGCAAGUACCCGCCGGCCUCCGAGUUGCAGCAGGAGUGGGAGAACAACCGGGAGUCUCUGCUUACCUUCAUCGAGCAGGUUCACAUUGGAGUAAAAGGAUUUGUCAGAGAUUCAGCCACGGGGGCCGGCCUGGAUAACGCAACCAUCGCUGUCGCUGGGAUUGCUCAUAACAUCACGGCAGGCAGAUUUGGCGACUACCACAGGCUGCUCGUGCCUGGGACCUACAACGUCACCGCAGCUGCCCCGGGUUACAUGCCAAUGACGAUAGAGAACAUCGAAGUGAAAGAAGGGGAUGGUACGGAGGUGGACUUUUCCCUGCAGCCUACUGUCGUGUCACCUGGUCCUGACCCGACCCAGCUGGCAGCCACCUCGGCCCCAGCUGUGGUCACCAAUACAACUAGCCCAGUGCAGGCAGAGACCCCAACCUCUCCGCACCAGCCAGUGCAGCCCGUGGAUUUCCGCCACCAUCACUUCCCUGACAUGGAGAUCUUCUUGCGGCGGUAUGCCAACGAGUACCCCAACAUCACUCGCCUCUACUCAGUGGGCAAGUCGGCGGAGUUCAGGGAGCUGUAUGUCAUGGAGAUAUCGGACAACCCAGGCAUCCACGAAGCAGGCGAGCCAGAAUUCAAAUACAUCGGGAACAUGCAUGGGAAUGAAGUGGUCGGACGCGAGCUGCUCCUGAACCUGAUUGAAUACCUCUGCAAGAACUUCGGCACCGACCCUGAGGUCACAGACCUGGUCCUCCACACACGCAUCCACAUCAUGCCCUCCAUGAACCCUGAUGGGUAUGAGAAGUCCCAAGAAGGAGACGUAGGAGGCACUGGCGGCAGAAACAACAGCAACAACUACGACCUGAACCGAAACUUCCCAGACCAGUUUGUCCAGGUGGCAGACCCUCUGCAGCCAGAGACUAUUGCCGUCAUGAGCUGGCUAAAGGCUUAUCCAUUUGUGCUGUCAGCCAACCUGCAUGGAGGUUCCUUGGUGGUGAAUUACCCCUUCGACGAUGACGAACAAGGAAUUGCCAUAUACAGCAAGUCGCCCGAUGACGCCAUGUUCCAGCAGCUCGCGCUCUCCUAUUCCAGGGAAAAUGCUCAGAUGUAUCAGGGGAGCCCUUGCAAGAACAUGUACCCCAACGAGUAUUUCCCACAUGGCAUCACCAAUGGGGCGAACUGGUAUAACGUUCCAGGUGAGGCCGAGAUGGAGCGUGAUCCGGGUGGGAUGCAGGACUGGAAUUACCUGCACACAAACUGUUUUGAAGUGACCAUCGAGCUUGGCUGUGUGAAGUACCCGAACGCUGAGGAGCUGCCAAAGUACUGGAAGGAGAACCGCAGAUCUCUGCUUCAGUUCAUGAAGCAGGUCCACCAAGGCGUUAGCGGAUUUGUGCUGGAUGCCAUGGAUGGAAGGGGCAUCUUCAAUGCUACCAUUAGCGUUGCUGACAUCGACCACCCAGUCACCACCUGCAGGGAUGGAGACUACUGGCGCCUCUUGGUUCAGGGCACUUACAAGAUCACAGCAUCAGCCCGAGGGUACAACCCACUUACAAAGACGGUGACCGUUGGCAGCAAAGGUGUGGUGCAGGUCAACUUCACUCUCUCGCGAACGGACGCCAAAGCGGAGGAAGGGAAGACCCUGGUCAUAAACCCUCCAGACACCAGGGAUCCCACAACAAAGGAGUUUGAGACCCUGAUCAAGGAUCUCUCUGCUGAGCACGGCCUAGAGCACCUUGUGCUGGCCUCUUCGGGCGAUGCUCCUCCUUAUCGAUACCAUCCGUACAAAGACCUGUCGGAAUUCCUCAGAGGCCUCAACUUGAACUACCCGCAGAUCACAAAUCUCACUAGCUUGGGGCAGAGCGUCGAGUUCCGUCACAUCUGGUGCCUCGAAAUCUCCAACAAACCCAACCAGUCAGAGCCCGAGGAGCCUAAGAUCCGCUUCGUCGCCGGGAUCCACGGGAAUGCGCCAGUGGGCACGGAGCUGCUCUUGGCCCUGGCAGAGUUCCUGUGCAUGAACUACAAAAAGAACGCGGCCAUCACCAAGCUGAUUGACAGGACACGGAUCGUGAUCGUGCCUUCCCUGAAUCCGGACGGACGCGAGGUUGCUCAGGAGAGGGGCUGCACCUCGAAGGUGGGACAGACCAACAUCCACGGCAAAGACCUGGACACGGACUUCACAAGUAAAGCUGGCAACUCUUCUGGAGACUUGGUGCGAGAGCCCGAGACCAGAGCCAUCAUGGAGAACUUGAUCCUGAAGCAAGAUUUCAGCCUCUCCAUCGCCCUGGAUGGUGGAUCUGUGCUUGUCACCUACCCCUAUGACAAGCCUGUGCAGACAGUGGAGAACAAAGAAACUCUGCAGCAUCUGGCAUCUCUGUAUGCCAGCAACCAUCCCUCAAUGCAUCUGGGUCAGCCGGGCUGCCCAAAUAAGUCAGAUGAGAACAUUCCCGGGGGUGUGAUUCGUGGGGCAGAAUGGCACAGUCACCUGGGCAGCAUGAAGGAUUUCAGCGUGACGUUUGGUCACUGCCCUGAGAUCACAGUUUAUACCAGCUGCUGCUACUUCCCCAGCGCCGGACAGCUUCCAUCCUUGUGGGCAGAGAACAAGAAAUCUCUUCUUAGCAUGCUUGUUGAGGUUCACAAGGGAGUUCACGGCUUUGUCCGUGACAAGAGCGGGAAGCCGGUGUCCAAAGCGAUCAUUGUGCUCAACGAAGGUGUGAAGCUCUACACGAAGGAGGGUGGCUAUUUCCAUGUGCUGCUGGCCCCAGGUUCCCAUAACAUCAAUGCUAUCGCGGAAGGGUACCAACAGCAGCACGUACAGGUGUUGGUGCGCCAUGAUGUACCCAGCUCCGUGUUCAUUGUGUUUGACAUGGAUAACAGAAUAUUUGGCCUCCCGAGGGAGCUCGUCGUAACUGUAGCAGGUGCCACCAUGUCGGCUCUGGUCCUCACAGCCUGCAUCAUAUGGUGCGUCUGUUCCAUCAAGUCCAACAGGCACAAGGACGGCUUCCACCGCCUACGGCAGCACCAUGAUGACUACGAGGAUGAGAUUCGCAUGAUGUCUACUGGCUCAAAGAAAUCCCUCCUGAGCCACGAAUUCCAGGAUGAAACAGACACUGAAGAGGAAACACUGUACUCUAGCAAACACUGAUACCGGCCGAGAGGGAAGGAGACUCGCUAUGGACAGACCUGGCAGUGGGGGCAACUCUUGUCAUUCAGAGACCUGAGCUGUUAGCUGGCAGAACGUGUAAUCUCCAGAGACUUGUGGGGCUGUUUGCAACCUCCUGUGUGCCUCUGUUCCCUUCCUACUCAUGCACACGUCAGUGGGUGCCAGGCCCUGUCCUGCCUGUGACACUGCUGGGUUUUAGGUUCAGGUUUGGCGUUCCACGUAACAAAAGCACUUGAGAAGUAAUUUACCAGUGUGUGUGGUGGCAUCAGGACUUCUGAACAGCUCCCUUGCCUGGUGGGGAGAUGCACUGGUGCCUGGCGGGUUCUGUAGUUGCAAAGCUUCAAAGCUGUUUUUCUACUUA